CUCUCUUUAUUGAUUUCACUGCACGCGACUGACUUUGAGGCAGAAAUGCAUGCUGAUCCCUCUACUACCCACUCCAGGGCUCCGCAAGCCAAGCGAUCCUCGGAUCGAUCCUUGCAUGGUUGAAAAUCUCCCCUGCCCCUCAACAUGAGCGAAGACACCAAAAUCCACCCAUCUCCGACGAUAGUCUGGGCAGGAGGACCUUCACUUCCGGCUGCGACUCUGGGAAUCCAAGCUUCGACUUCGGUUGGACCUCCAGCAAAAGGCAUGCACAUUGCUGCUAUCGUCUCGCUCAUUCUGACCCUUUUCAUCUUCGUCGGUGCGAGUACAUGCGUCUUCAGGACCAGCUUGUCCCUCAACAAGCUGCUACAAAGACAUCGAGGUCAUCCGGAAGAGAGUGAAGGGAGAAAAGGAGGAGCCAGAAAGCUCAGGAAGAUGCUCGUCAUCGGGUUGCUGCUCUCAGAUUGUAUGAUUGCGGUCGGUUCCUUCUGGCCAGCUGUGACAGUUUUAGCUCAUAAGAGUCUGGGAGGGAGCGAAUGUGAUCUGCCAGGUUUCCUGUUAGCCUCGGCUCUGUGGUGGUGGGUUGAAGGCAUCCAGAUGAAAGCGACUGAUACGCUGACAAUCAGGCAAUACGGCUUCUCACUCACCAUAGCCGUUACAACCUAUGUGGCUCUUCGUCAUCCUCUUUCGCUGGCCAAAGAUCUCGCAGAACGAGGGGCCACACCGAUAGUCGCUAUGAUCAUUGUUGUCGGAGGUGUACAGGCGAUCACAUGGCGGGUUGUUAACGGAUUCCAUGCGUGGCGAGAUACAUGCUACUAUGCUCCCCCAUCCUUUGUUUCUGCAGAACUCAUCCAGUUCCUACCCAGGCUCAUUACCUCUCUCGUCAUAACGAUGAUCUACAUCCCUCUGAUCCACUUUCUACGCCGGCCUGACAUGACUUCGUUAUAUCUAUCGCCUCGACCAGCAUCGACCCUCCCACAUCCACCGACGAUCGAUGAUCCUACACCACCUGGACAGACUCCACCCUGGGAAAAAUUGACAUUCCCCACGUUCCAUCUGGAAGAUUCCUCCAAGGAUUCGUCUGGGAUCCUAGGACCAGGUCUAGGCUUCGCUAAUGCUUUCUUACCUUCGAAAUCGCGUUCAAGACCGUCAACCCCGCAAAAAGGCCUGCGAGGCGGUUUGAGACGAUUGACAAUCUCCGACUCGCCAACCUUGAUUCAAGAUGGCUCACCCUCCGGUCGACUCUUCGCUGCGAGGGUAAAACGCUCCAGACCUUCCACUGCGCCGUCCUGUCCGACUGAGAAACUGCAGACAACAAUGGAAGCGCCCAGUCUCUCCGUUGGAUCGCCUGGCCUCCGGCCACCAUCUCCGUUACAAGUGAUCAAAUUACCCUUGACCUUUGACAAAGACCUUCGCCCUCCGCAUCAACGCCCUAGUUUUGACUCCCAGGCAACGAAGUACGAGAAUUUACACGAUUUGUACGCUGUCGCGGCGGAGGAUCGAAAGGCGGACAUUCCUUUCCAUCAAGCGAAGCUACCAGAGACACCGGCGUAUGAUGGUCAGCCGAGGGAUCAUUCUCCUGCUGGUCCUCGACCUGCGGUGGAUACGGUCGAUUUUCCUACUUCGCCCAUCAAUCAACGCUUAAACAAGGCGGCGUUGUCCAAUAAUCACUUCGACUGGCAAAGAUCGCCUACCAAAGACUCUCGGCAUGAAACAGGUCACAGUCGACAACUACAAGUUACCAUGCUCCGACCGACAUUGACCAUGGGCAGUGAAGCCUCGGCUAGAGACUGUGCUUCAUUCAGAGGGAUGCUCGAGAUGUCUCCUGGUGGUUAUGCGGAUCUCGAAGCAAGUGAACCGAAAUCGACAAGCAAUCAGGUAAAGAGUCUGGCGAGCAUUAUGAAUAGGAGCGCGUCUAGCUUUCUGUUGUGGUUUCCUUUGACACACUUGGUGAUCUGUGCCUUGACCAUAGCCCGAUAUGCCGGUUAUGCCGCGACGAGGGACGAUGGUCCGGCUUUAGAAGCUCUGACGACCUUGGUGGUUCUAGGUCAAAGCACGGCAGAUGUGGUCAUAUUUGGGUUCGUAGAAAGACGGACGCGACACAAGUACCGGAACAAGGUCGACGAAUGUACUCAGGUUGCUGAGAAUCGCAGAACGUAGAUACGCAUCGUCAAAAAAAGGUUAUUGGAUACAUUCAUAUUCUA